GGGUACCGCCAACUAAGUCCGAAUGAGGUGACAGGACUUCCAACGAAUGAUUGUCCCGGACAGGGUUGCCAAAUCCCAACCUCCUCUGAGUUAUUUAAACCACCUGGAUUCCCCUGUCUCACAUUUGCUCAUUACCUAAUAUGAACACCUUCAACUACGAAUUCCAACCCAUAUCUCCCAUGUCAGACAACGAGGACUGGGUCAAGUACAUUAAGUCCGAGGACUGCUCCGAUGAAGAAAUCCCUCAAGACAUGUUUGACGGGCCCUUGGAUGAGUUUUUCUCAAAUGAGUACUCGAGCUACAUUUCCUCUAACCAGAUGAACACUCCUGUAGACUCCAGCCAAGGCUACAAAAUAAACUUGAAUUCAGUGAACCAUAAGUUGUUAGACCUGGCUACUACCACCGAUGACGACAGCUCGUGCCAGUCGUCGCCACACCAGUCGCUGUCGAUUUCGUCGCCCGACGACUUGGUUUUUGACUCCCAGAAACUAUCAUCUGCCACAUCCGGUUCCGGAACCACAACUGCCUCGUCCCAAAAAAAAACAAAGAGAAUUACCAGGAAGAGAGCUCCUCGCAAAAAGCUCACCGAACACCAAAAAGCUGCUCAUAACGUCAUUGAGAAGAAGUACAGAAUUAAUAUCAACACCAAGAUUGAGAGCUUGCAGAAGCUCAUUCCGUCGGUGGCACGGGAAGAACCUGGCUUCAGAACCCAUUCCAAAGCCGAUGCUGAAAAUGAUUCCAAACUGAAAAAACUCAACAAAUCGUUGAUUUUGGACAAGGCCAUAGAGUACAUAAUGUUUUUACAACAGAACCAGUGCAAGGUGAUAGUGGAGAACACGGGCGUUAAGUCCCGGCUCGGACGCUACAAUUAACUACUGCUAAAGACCUUUAGAUAUGCCCUAAUGUGAUACGUAAUAAGUAGUGCUGUAAACACAGCGAACUGAACGUACUCUGUAAAUGUAGGAAUGAAACGUGACAUUCA